AUGAGUGACGUUGAAUCUCAACAACGAAUGAGACACAAACAUGAGAUCCAUGCUCUGAAUUUUGCUGUUAGAGAUUCUCUCAAAUUCAAAAAUAACAGAAUCAGUAUAAUUAAUGAUGACCCCACUAAAAAAUCAUUCGUAUUUUGGUUUUUUGUCUCGUGCUAUUUCCCUGUUAUAACUGCAUGUUUGGGUCCUAUCGCUAAUACUAUUUCUAUUGCUUGUGUAGUGGAAAAGUGGAGACAAACUAGAACGGCAAAAUCCGGAGUUCAUGACGAUAAUACUGAGAGCAAUCAAUUAUUAGACCCAAAGGGGAUCUUUGCCAUCAAUGUUAUAUCUUUAGUCUUAGGAUUUUCAUCAAAUGUGGUUCUUUUAUGUCAUUUUUCCAGGAGACUGAGUUAUCUCACAUCUCAGUUCAUUAAUAUUGUCGGAUGGACUGCUGCUGGACUGCUGUUAAUGAUAGAUGUAAUUAUAUGCAGUUCAGAAAUCCAGGAGGGACAAGCAAGAACACUAGGAUUUUGGUAUGCUUCUUUCACAUCUGGCUUAUAUAUAGCAUGCACUUUCACCUUAACAAUACAUUUUAUUGGUUAUAAGUUGAAAAAAUACCCUGCCACUUUCAAUCUCUUACCAAAUGAGAGAAUUAUUAUGGUUUUUACUGUCUUUCUUUCACUUUGGUUAAUAUGGGGUGCUGGCUUGUUCUCUGGUUUAAUGGGAAUAUCUUUUGGUAAUUCAUUAUACUUUUGUGUCGUAUCUCUAUUAACCGUCGGGUUUGGUGAUAUCUUCCCGAUUAAUGUUGCCUCCAAAAUCAUGAUUCUCCUCUUUUCGUUAUCUGGGAUCUUUAUCCUUGGGUUAAUUGUUUAUAUGACAAGAUCAAUUAUACAAAGAUCUUCUGGUCCUGUUUGGUAUUUCCAUAGACUGGAAUCAAGUAGAACUAAACUGUGGGAAAAAGUAUUGAAUGGGGAGUUAACUAUAGAUAACAAGGAAGGUUUCCAAAUAAUGGAAAGAAUCGCAAAGGGAGCCUAUAAUAGAGGGAAAAUCUAUUCUAUUUUGACUACAAUGACUAUUUUCAUAGGAUUCUGGUUAUUGGGAGCACUAGUAUUUCAUUUCGCAGAAGAUUGGUCUUUUUUUAAUUCAAUGUAUUUUUGUUUUUUAUGUCUUUUAACUAUUGGUUAUGGUAGUGAUUUUACACCUUCUACUGGUGCAGGUAGAGCGUUUUUUGUCAUAUGGGGGAUCGGUGCUAUCCCCCUGAUGAGUGCUUUGAUUUCCACAGCUGGUGAUUUGUUGUUUACUUUGUCUAAUAAAUUAGACAUUCAAUUGUCUAAACGUUUCCACAUUGGAUUUGAUACAAUCAAAAUAUCUAAGAGUUUAUAUCCAGUAUCAUUUAAAAUUCCAAAUGGUGAAAUUAUUGAAGAAUUAGUUAAAAGUAAACAUAACAUGAUCAAGGAAGCUAAAAAGAAUAAUGGACAUAAAAAUAAGAUUAACCAAAACGACGGAGAUAAUUAUAAUGAUAAUGAUCAUAAUUAUAGUAAUUUUGAACAAAGUAGUUCUUGUAAAAAUAGAAAUCACGAUUCUCGUUCUAUAUGUACAUUAGACGAUAUCUUAAAUAAAUCGUGGGACGUUAAACAAAAUAAUAUAUUUACUGAUCUAGAUUCUAUUUCGGACUCUGAUGAUACAGAUUUUGACAUUGUCCCGUCCUUAGAUGACGAGGAUUCAGAAUCCGUAGAAUCUUUAACAAAGACCGUAAGUAAUAGACCCAAGCUCGAAUUUAAGAAAUUACAAAGAUUGAAACAUUUGUUUAAGUCUCUAAGGAUUUUACAUAGGAUAUCAUUAGAAAAUAAUAGUUACAAAUUAAGUUUUCAACAGUGGACUAAUCUUCAUAAUCUAUAUCCAACUGAAGAAUUGAUGCUCACAAAACAGGAAAAUGACAAUUUUUGGAUAUCUAAUAGAACACCAUUAAAAUUCCCACUAAAUGAACCACAUUUUGCAUUUUUAAGAAUAUCUGAUGCAAUUGAUAAACUUAUGGAUGACAUUAUGACUGAACAACAAAAUGCAUCCACAAUUUUGGAAAAAACUACUUCUUCGAAUGCAUCGAAUCGCUUUAAUGAAAACGCUUCUACUACAAUUUCAUCAUCAUCCUCAUUACAUACAAUGUCUCGCAGAAAAAAUGAGUCAACUAUUAAUAAAAGUUGUUGA